AUGGCCCCAUUCGCUAAAGUUGGGGGACUUGCAGACGUUGUUUCUUGUUUACCCAAAGCAGUGGCUUCGUUGAACCAUGAAGUAAUAGUAUGCAUUCCCUUUUAUGGCUGUAUUAGAAUAAAUGUAUCCGAUGCUUUACCGAUUGAAAAGACAGAAAUCAAUUUCAAUAUUGAGCAUAAUCAUGUCACAUAUUCUAUCAAUAUUUUAAAAACUCGUCUAGCGGAUAAUGUCUUGGUCUAUUUUAUUCAUAACUACGAACUAUAUGAAAAAUCAAUGAAUAUUUAUUUUCCAAAACAACCUGAAUUUGAUCUAUUACGCUUUGAAGUCUUUGGAAAAUCUACAUUAAAAUUAUUAAUUGAAUUAGAAUUUCAACCGGAUAUAUUUCAUAUAAACGAUUGGCAUUCAUGUAAUAUAGCUGUUUAUAAGCAAAACGACAAAUAUUUUCAAAACAGUAAAGUUCUAUUAACUAUUCACAAUUUUGAAUAUCAAGGAUUAAGCAAAGAUGGAAACAGAAAUUGGUUAAUGGACGGUAUUAAGAGUAGCGAUGCAGUGGUUGCUGUUUCUUCAACGUAUGCCAAUGAUAUUUCAAAACAAAUCGAUCGUAAAAUAAUUGGAAUCUUGAAUGGUAUCGAUGUUGAUUUUUUUAAUCCAGCAACUGAUAAAUAUUUAGUAGAAAAAUACGAUGAAACAAAUGUUGAUAUAGGAAAAUUGAUGUGCAAAAAACAGUUACAAUCUGAUUUAGAACUUGAAAUAACAAAUGAUAAACCAUUGUUCGGUAUGGUAACACGAUUAGUGAAGCAAAAAGGAAUUGAUUUAGUUAUCAGUAUUUUACCAGAUAUCAUUGAUUUGGGUGCACAAUUAGUUAUCCUAGGCAAUGGAGAAGAACAAUUUGAAGAAAUAUUAAAAACUCACAAUCAAAAAUAUCCCAAAAGUUUUCGGUAUGUCAAUGAUUUUAAUAUAAAAUUAGCACAAUGUAUUUACGGUGGUUGUGAUAUAUUCCUGAUGCCAUCCAAAUUUGAACCAUGUGGUUUGGGCCAAAUGAUUGCGUUACGUUAUGGUAGUUUACCUUUAGUAAGACAGACAGGCGGUCUAAAAGAUACAAUCAAAGAUAUAGAUUACGAGACUAAUGCACAUGAUGAUCAACAACGAGAUGCUGACUUAAUGGCCGAUUCAUUACUUGAACGAAAAGAUCGUUUUUUAUGUAUAACGCGUGCCUUUCCAUUAGCUGAUAAUAUCUCUCAAGUGUUAGAAGAUAUUAAAUUAAUUAAUGAACGUGAUUCACCUCCACCUAAUUAUCAAAGCUUAUCUUUUACCGCUGAUACCCGAGAAAAAGGCACAACAAAACGUGCGAUAGUUGUUAAAAUGGUUGCGCGUCAAGCUGGAAUGAAAUCCAUCAAUGAUAUUAUAUUUCUUUAUCGUACAAAACGUCCACCACAAUUGUAUACAAUGAUUGGCGAAAUAAAUGGAUUAACAAUGUGUAUUAAAGAAGGUACUGUGCCACCGAUGAGACAAGCACCUGAUCCACCUGCACAAACUGCAAUUAAUUAUCCUGAUCAACAACAAAAUUUUUAUGAAUCAGCAACUAUGCAACGACAUGCACAAGAAAAUUCAGCCAUUGAAGGUAUUCCAUUUUUAAUAAAUCCAAAAUACCUAAAAUCAAAUAAACACAAUACUAAUUCUUCAACAAAUGAUUUAUCAUGGCUUGAUUCGUUGCAAAUAUUAGAUCUGAAUCAAAUAGAACAAAAAUAUCAUUACGAUUUUUCAUUAGAACGUACCUAUGAUAGAAUUUGA